AUGUCGACAGGGAUUAUACGCAGCCUCUUUUGGAUCUCCACAGUCAUUGUUCUUUUGGAUUUUUGCUGUGAAGGUGUAUCAGGGCAGCUGUCAUACUCUAUAUCAGAGGAGGUAAAUCCUGGGACAUCUGUGGGAAAUCUUGGGAAAGACUUAAAUUUGAAUUCUAAAGACUUGGAGUCUCGCAUGUUUCAGGUUGUUAGCGGAUCAAAGAGAAAACAUUUUGACAUCAAUCUGAAAACUGGCAGUCUUUAUGUGAUUGAAAGGAUCGACCGUGAGGAGCUCUGCCAGAAGGCAACAAAAUGUACUAUCACUGUAGAAGCCGUGAUCAACAAACCACUAAACCUUUAUCGUUUGGAGAUAAAUAUAUUGGAUAUAAAUGACAAUGCGCCUUUUUUUUCUGAAAAAAUACAGACUCUUAAUAUUGCAGAGAGUACUGUUCCAGGAGGCAGGUUUGGAUUUGUUGGAGCAUCGGAUCUAGACGUUGGAAAGAAUGAUGUUAGCACGUAUAAACUCAGCACGAAUGAUUAUUUCGCUUUAGAGGUACAUAGAGGAGACGACAGUGUGUCAGCUGAACUUGUGCUGCAGAAAGCCUUAGAUAGAGAAAAACACCCGGUUGUAAAACUUACAGUGACUGCAGUCGACGGAGGAAAUCCACCAAAGUCAGGAUAG